AUGCCCAAAAAACCCGCACCACCGCCAACAACCACCUCCAAACCCAAACCCAAACCCAAAACCAAACAAUCCCCCGCUACAAUCCCCCCCAAUGCAUCACCAACCGCCCAAACAAGAAUCCCCUGGCCUCCUCUGACCCCAUCCCCCAAGAACCCCUUCUACUACCCCACCAAACCCACCCUCCACCUCCUCAUCCCCAACCAAGCCUACAUCAUCCCGGAAUUCUUCCCGGCCCCCUUGUGCAAAACCUACACCACCUUCCUCGCCUCCCUGCCACUGGUGACCACACCGAACAAACCCAAGAAGGGGGACGCGGUGCGCGUCAACGACCGCUUCCAGGUCCAGGAUGACGGGUUCGCGGCGCAGUUGUGGGAGUAUACCUGCCUGCAGCGGUGUGUGACGGGGAAGACGAAUCCGGUGGAGGAGAGGUUGUACUCGUAUGAUGAUGACGCAGAAGAGGAGGGGGCCGGUCAGAUCGAUCGGGAGGAGGAUGAUCUCAGCAAGAAUGGGAUGUGGGGUGGGGAGCCGUUGGGGUUGAAUGGGAAUAUUCGGAUUUAUCGGUAUACUAAGGGCCAGUUCUUUGAUAAGCAUUACGAUGAUUCCAACACCCUUACUUUCAACACGCCAGGGCAAUCGGCCAGGCCGGCUCGCACGACAUGGACCCUACUCAUCUACUUGACGGCUUGUGAGGGCGGAGAGACUAUCUUCUACCCGGAGCCCACGCGGAAGGACCGCAACCCCCAGCCGGUCUCAGUCAAACCCGUGCCGGGUAUGGCGCUGCUGCAUCGACAUGGCGAGCAUUGUAUGCUGCAUGAGGGGGCCGAGGUCCGGAGCGGGGAGAAGUGGGUGUUGCGGAGUGACCUGGUUGUUGCGCGGUGA